UGUUUACAGCCUGGGCUUGUUGCAUUCAGGAGGGACACAAAGUCUCCAGCUGCCCGCAGCCUCUCACCUUUGAGGUGCAGUGGCCAGGCAGAGGCCUGGCUGCGGUGGGCUGGCGGAGAGGACCCAGCCCUGGCCAGAGAGGGCAGGAAAGAAGCUGCCAGCCUUGCUGCUCACUGGCUCCCAUUCAGGGAGUGUGUGGGGCAGCUCCCAUCGCUGCAGUGGGGCUGGCGGUACCAUGGGGCAGAGCGGCACGGAGGUACCCUUGCUCCGGGAGGCCCCAUAGACUCUUCUCCUGGAUGUGACCAGCCUGCAGGCUCCCCUAGCAGAGCUGUUGAUUCACAGGUGCUCCCGCCCUCACCCUUUGGCCAGGUCCAGCGUGGAAGAGGAGGGGGCAAUGUUACCUGGGAUUGCCCAACGCAGGUCUAAAGGGUGCUGACCCGGUGAUGCUGGAAGAUCCUGCUGCUGCCGCCUUAGCCCAGUCCUGGGAGACGUGCUGCCUGCCUGCGGGAUCAAGUCAUGUUGGCCCUGGAGCUGCCUCUCGUCCUGCUGCUGCUGGCUGUGCCGGGGGCUGGUGCUUUCCCCGAGGCCUUGGCUGCCAAGAACAUCUCCCAGAAGGAGGCCGAGUUUGACAAAAACUACACGGACUUUGUGAACAGCGAGCUACUGAACAUCUACACCUUCAACCACACCGUGAUGAGGAACAGGACGGAGGGUGUCCGGGUGACGGUGAACGUGCUGUCUGAGCAGAAGGAGACGCCACUUCUCUUCGUGGUGAGGCAGAAGGAGGCGGUGGUGUCCUUUCAGGUGCCGCUGAUCCUCAGGGGUCUGUUCCAGAGGAAGUACCUGUACCAAAAUGUGAGCCGCACACUGUGCCAGCCCCCGACCAAGAGUGAGUCAGAGACGCAGUUCUUCUAUGUGGAUGUGUCGACGCUGUCUGCAAGGAACGCCUCUUACCAGCUGCAGGUCACCCGCGUGGAGAACUUCGUGCUGAGGACGAGCGAGCGGUUCAGCUUUAAUGCCACAGCAGCCCAGCCACAGUAUUUUAAGUAUGUGUUCCCGGAGGGUGUGGACUCGGUGAUCGUGAAGGUGACCUCGCGCAUGGCCUUCCCUUGCUCCGUCAUCUCCGUCCAGGACAUCCUGUGCCCCGUCUACGACCUGGACAACAACGUGGCCUUCAUCGGGAUGUACCAGACCAUGACCAAGAAGGCAGCCAUCACGGUGCAGAAGAAGGAUUUCCCCAGCAACAGCUUCUACGUCGUGGUGGUGGUGAAAACAGAAGACGAGGCCUGUGGAGGGCCCCUGCCUUACUACCCCCUCACCAAAGAUGAACCAGUAGAUCAAGGCAGUCGGCAGAAGGCGCUGGACGUGAUGGUGUCACCUGCUAUUACCUCGGAAGUCUAUGUCAGCGCCAUGCUCUUCUGCCUGGGGAUCUUCCUCUCCUUCUACCUGCUGACACUGCUCAUCGCCUGCUGUGAGACCUGGAGACAACAGAAGAAGAGAAAAAGGCUCCUGGCUGCCAUGGACACGCCCACCACAGACACAGCGUCUUUACUGGGGCAUCCACGCAUCACCCCGGACUCUCUCCUGGGUCACCCUCCCUACCACGGCUACAGCUACGGCUCUUUGGAGAACAGUUCCACCCUGAGCACCGGGGGCAUCACCGAGAGCAUGGGCUCCACGGACAUCUCCUCUGGGUACACAGGGCUGGACCACUUCAAGCACCGCAUCGCCUCCAGCCAGAUGAGGCACCUGUGCAUUGCUAUGGAGCGCUCCCUGGAGAACGUGACCAGCCGGCCCCGCCUGGACUCCCUCAGCUCGGUGGAGGAGGACGACUACGACACGCUGGCGGACAUAGACUCUGACAAGAACGUCAUCCGGACCAAGCAAUACCUCUACGUGGCAGACCUGGCCCGGAAGGACAAGCGUGUCCUGCGGAAGAAAUACCAGAUCUACUUCUGGAAUAUUGCCACCAUCGCUGUAUUCUACGCCCUCCCUGUCAUACAGCUGGUCAUCACCUACCAGACGGUAGUGAACGUGACAGGGAAUCAGGACAUUUGCUACUAUAACUUCCUGUGCGCCCACCCCCUGGGAAACCUCAGUGCUUUCAACAACAUCCUCAGCAACCUGGGCUACGUGCUGCUGGGCCUGCUCUUCCUGCUCAUCAUCCUGCAGAGAGAGAUCAACUACAACCGGGCGCUGAUGCGCAACGACAUGCAGGCCCUGGAGUGUGGCAUCCCCAAGCACUUUGGCCUGUUCUACGCCAUGGGCACGGCGCUCAUGAUGGAGGGGCUGCUCAGCGCCUGCUACCACGUCUGCCCCAACUACACCAACUUCCAAUUCGACACUUCCUUCAUGUACAUGAUCGCGGGACUCUGCAUGCUGAAGCUGUAUCAGAAACGGCACCCGGACAUCAAUGCCAGCGCGUACAGUGCCUACGCCUGCCUGGCCAUCGUCAUCUUCUUCUCCGUCAUCGGCGUGGUCUUUGGCAAAGGGAACAUGAUGUUCUGGAUUUUCUUCUCCAUCAUCCACAUCAUCGCCACCCUGCUGCUGAGCACACAGCUCUACUACAUGGGCCGCUGGAAAUUCAACUCCGGGAUACCGCGCAGAAUCGUGCACAUGCUGUACACAGAUUGCAUCCGCCAGUGCAGUGGGCCCAUGUACGUGGAUCGAAUGGUGCUGCUGGUCAUGGGCAACAUCAUCAACUGGUCGCUCGCUGCCUACGGACUCAUCGUCCAACCCAACGACUUUGCCUCCUACCUGCUGGCCAUCGGCAUCUGCAACCUGCUGCUCUACUUUGCCUUCUACAUCAUCAUGAAGCUCCGAAGUGGCGAGCGCAUCAAGCUCAUCCCCCUGCUCUGCAUCAUUUUCACCUCCGUGGUAUGGGGCUUCGCCCUCUUCUUCUUCUUCCAGGGUCUGAGCACCUGGCAGAAAACGCCAGCCGAGUCCCGGCAGCACAACAGAGACUGCAUCCUGCUCAGCUUCUUUGAUGACCACGACAUCUGGCACUUCCUCUCCUCCAUCGCCAUGUUUGGCUCCUUCCUGGUGUUGCUGACGCUGGAUGAUGACCUGGACUGCGUCCAACGGGACAAAAUCUACGUCUUCUAGGCCCUUUCCCGUAACACCACCUGGCCUGUGGUUUGUUAGAUGGGGCCUCCAUCCUGCCCAGGUGCUGCCUCCAGCCCUGGUCUCCAAUGUAGUGGACGCUUGUGGUGGGCAGCUCACAAGGACAUGGCAAAGCAUCCCAGGCGUGGGGGCUUCUCCAGAGGGGGGACUUGUGUUCAUGUCCAACCCUCAGAC